CUAUUGAGGAAAAAGCACUGGGUACACGCUGCUAGAAGCUCCUGGAGAAUUUUGUGUUCCACAGUCUCCGAAGAAAAAUUGGGCGGGGGUUCGUCCGCUCAUUGCCAAGUUUUCGAGGCAGUGGAAAACAAGAGUUGGGACAUGGACAGCCGCUUGCAGGAGAUCCGGGAGCGGCAGAAGUUACGGCGACAGCUUCUCGCGCAGCAGUUGGGAGCUGAAAGUGCUGACAGUAUUGGUGCUGUGUUAAAUAGCAAAGAUGAGCAGAGAGAAAUUGCUGAAACAAGAGAAACUUGCAGGGCUUCCUAUGAUACCUCUGCUCCAAAUGCAAAACGUAAGUAUCAGGAUGAAGGAGAGACAGAUGAAGACAAAAUGGAAGAAUAUAAGGAUGAAUUAGAACUGCAACAGGAGGAAGAGAAUUUGCCAUAUGAAGAAGAGAUUUACAAAGAUUCUAGUACUUUUCUUAAGGGAACACAGAGUUUAAAUCCCCAUAAUGAUUACUGCCAACAUUUUGUAGACACCGGACAUAGACCUCAAAAUUUCAUCAGAGAUGUAGGUUUGGCUGACAGAUUUGAAGAAUACCCUAAACUGAGGGAGCUCAUCAGGCUGAAGGAUGAGUUAAUAGCUAAAUCUAACACUCCUCCUAUGUACUUACAAGCAGAUAUAGAAGCCUUUGACAUCAGAGAACUAACACCCAAAUUUGAUGUGAUUCUUCUUGAACCCCCUUUAGAAGAAUAUUACAGAGAGACUGGCAUCACUGCUAAUGAAAAAUGCUGGACUUGGGAUGAUAUCAUGAAGUUAGAAAUUGAUGAGAUUGCAGCACCUCGAUCAUUUAUUUUUCUCUGGUGUGGUUCUGGGGAGGGAUUGGACCUUGGAAGAGUGUGUUUACGCAAGUGGGGUUACAGAAGAUGUGAAGAUAUUUGUUGGAUUAAAACCAAUAAAAACAAUCCUGGGAAGACUAAGACUUUAGAUCCAAAGGCUGUCUUCCAGAGAACAAAGGAACACUGCCUUAUGGGGAUCAAAGGAACUGUUAAGCGUAGCACAGACGGGGACUUCAUUCAUGCUAAUGUUGACAUUGACUUGAUUAUCACAGAAGAACCUGAAAUUGGCAAUAUAGAAAAGCCUGUAGAAAUUUUUCAUAUAAUUGAACAUUUUUGUCUUGGUAGAAGACGCCUUCAUUUAUUUGGAAGAGAUAGUACAAUUCGACCAGGCUGGCUUACAGUUGGACCAACUCUUACAAAUAGCAACUACAAUGCAGAAACGUAUGCAUCCUACUUCAGUACCCCGAAUUCCUACUUGACUGGAUGUACAGAAGAAAUUGAGAGACUUCGACCAAAAUCACCUCCUCCCAAAUCUAAAUCUGAUCGGGGAGGUGGAGCUCCCAGAGGAGGAGGAAGAGGUGGGACUUCUGCUGGCCGCGGGCGAGAAAGAAAUCGAUCUAACUUCCGAGGAGAAAGAGGUGGUUUCAGGGGGGGCCGUGGAGGAGCACACAGAGGUGGCUUUCCACCUCGAUAGUUUUUAGGACAGUGAUCCUAUUAAUGCCUCUUCACCUUCUUUCUGAUAGUAUGAAUUUCAACUGGGAGACGUUGUUUAGAACUCUGUUCCAACUUGCACUUUGCUUUAGUUUCUCCAAGCUGCAGGAAUAUUUUAGGCAACCUCCCUUGCAGUUGUCACUGUCUGGUUUUGUCCAGAAUAAAUGAGUCAUCCUGUCUUUUGUCAUGUGCAUGUAACCGAGCAGAAUGGAACAACACAAAUACUUUCACUUUCAGAGACGGAAUUUAUUCUGAUAGAUUUCAACUAAUUACAAAGUCUUUUGCUUUUUAGAAAUAAAGUGAGCAGUGAAGAAGACCCAAUCUGGUGUAUCAUACUAGUGCUGACAGUAGUUGAUAAUGGGCAUCCUGCCACUGCUGUCACAGCAAAAGGGAAACUGUUUGACAGCCUUGUUGGAAUGGAGUUGGGACAGAUGGUAAACUUCUCUUAGGCUUUUAAUAUUUUCUUGUUGAAACAAUAAAAAGAGACUUUUUUUCUUUCUCUAUGAAAAAUCUUAAACUCAUAUAAUUUGACCACAGAAGAAAUUGAGAGACUUGGAACAAAAUCAUGUCCUCCCAAAUCUAAAUCUGAUUGGGGAGGUGGAGCUCCCAGGGGUCGGAAGGGAAGAGGUAGAAACUAGUAGGCAGACUUUACAAAGAGAAAAAAAAAACUCAUUAUAAUCUCAGUUGUGCAGCUAUUGAUGACUGUUAACAAUACUUCCAAAAAAACAAGGACAAAUAUCCAAGUGCUAGAACUUUGGUAUGGACUUGAUCUUGGAUUGACUUUCAAAGCAGUUUCAAAUUCCUUAACAAAAUAAAAGAAUUGGACGCAACAGAGACACCUGUUUAUCAGGUACUUGGUUUAAACAUUUUGGGGAAUAAAGUACGUGGUGAUGAGGAAAUGACAUGCAUCUUUAAACUUGUUAUGGAGAAAACUUAAUGUAAAACCCAAUUACAGAAGACCCUCAACUUAAGAAGAGAGCUUGGAAAAUGGAACUGCAGUUGCCUUUUAAGGGACUGGUUUCCCAGAUCAGUUAGUUAUGUGAGACUUUAUAUUGUCAUUUCUCUUUCUGUACUGUAACCCAUGUUUUAAAUGAAUUUGCUGAAUGAAAUAAUGCCAUUAUUGUUCUUGAUAAAUGUACUUUUUAUUUUGUGUAUGAUUUUUCUAAUGAAACUUUAAACCUUUGAAA